CCCACCGACGCCCCCGCCCCCGCCUCUGCCUCUGCCGCCGCCGCCUCGGCUCCGCCCAUCCCCCGCUCCUCCUCCAUGUCCUGCCACGGGCCGCGUGCGUCCGGGGGCAAAAAGCUCAAGCGGACCCCCCUGUACCAGAGAUCAAUGAGCUUUGACCCCGGCCUGCUCCACAACAACGGGCACUCCGCCUUCGCCAACGGCACGGGGGGCGGCCUGCGGGAGACGGGCGUGGUGGAGAAGCUGCUGACCUCCUACGGCUUCAUCCAGUGCUCGGAGCGCCAGGCCCGCCUCUUCUUCCACUGCUCCCAGUACAACGGCAACCUGCAGGAGCUCAAGCUCGGAGACGAUGUGGAGUUUGAGGUGUCGGCGGACCGGCGCACGGGCAAGCCCAUCGCGGUGAAGCUGGUGAAGAUCAAGUCGGAGGUGCUGCCGGAGGAGCGCAUCUCGGGGCAGGUGGGGCCUGGGCUGCUCGGCUCUCCCUUUACUGUGCUGCAUGGUUUUAUUCAUCCAGUCGUGUCCGCCAUCCCUACUCACCUGGACGGGAAGUCCGCGCCGGGCCAGGUGCCGACGGGCAGCGUGUGCUACGAGAGGAACGGGGAGGUGUUCUACCUGACGUACACGUCCGAGGAUGUGGAGGGAAACCUGCACCUGGACACGGGCGACAAAGUCAGCUUCUACAUGGAGACAAACAAGCACACCGGUGCGGUCAGCGCCCACAACAUUGUCCUGGUCAAGAAGAAACAGAUGAGAUGCCAAGGAGUGGUCUGUGCUACCAAGGAGGCCUUCGGGUUCAUCGAGAGGGGAGACGUGGUGAAGGAGAUCUUCUUCCACUACAGCGAGUUCAAGGGAGACCUGGAGGCGCUGCAGGCGGGCGACGACGUGGAGUUCACCAUCAAGGAGAGAAACGGCAAGGAGGUAGCCACGGAGGUGCGGCUGCUCCCCCAGGGAACGGUCAUCUUUGAGGACAUCAGCAUUGAGCAGUUCGAGGGCACCGUCGCCAAGGUUAUCCCCAAGGUGCCCAACAAGAACCAGAACGACCCGUUGCCUGGGCGGAUCUGCGCCAGGAUCAAUUUCGCGGAGAAGGAGCUGCUCUUCGGGGAGAAGGACACCAAGUCCAAGGUGACGCUGCUGGAGGGCGACCACGUGCAGUUCAACAUCUCCACCGACCGGCGGGACAAGCUGGAGCGGGCCACCAACAUCGACAUCCUGCCCGACACCUUCCACUUCACCAAGGAGACCCGCGAGAUGGGCGUGAUCGCUGCCAUGCGGGACGGUUUCGGCUUCAUCAAGUGCGUCGACCGGGACGCCCGAAUGUUCUUCCACUUCAGCGAGGUCCUGGAGGAGAGCCAGCUGCACAUCUCUGACGAAGUGGAGUUCACCGUCGUGCCCGACAUGUUGUCGGCCCAGAGGAACCACGCGGUGCGAAUCAAGAAGCUUCCCAAGGGCACGGUGUCCUUCCACACCCAGUCCGAGCAGCGCUUUGUGGGCGUGGUGGAGAAGGAGGCCGUGGCUGCCUCCUGCAGCAAGAGCGCCAGCCCCAGCAAGACGAAGGAGAAGGACGCGGAGGAGGGCGUGAUCGCGUACGAGGACUGCGGCGUGAAGCUGACCGUGGCCUAUCACAGCAAGGACUUGGAGGGCUGCGCUCUGCCGCAAACGGGAGAUAAGGUGGAAUUCUCCAUCAGUGAGGUCAAAAGGACUGGGCAGCAGAGCGCCGUGUCUUUGAAGAUCCUCAACCGCACGGUCAACACCAAGAGGCUGCUGGGAUACAUCGCCACGCUCAAGGACAACUUUGGGUUCAUCGAAACGGCCAAUCACGACCAGGAGAUAUUCUUCCACUACAGUGAGCUGUGUGGGGACCUGGAGAGCCUGGAGCUGGGGGACACUGUGGAGUACACCCUGUCCAAGGGCAAGGGCAACAAGGUCAGCGCAGAGAAGGUCACCAAGGUGGCUGCAGUGAACGGCGUGGGGGAGGACGUGAGCGCCGCCGUGCUCCUGGGGAAGGUGCUGCGCCCCCUGCGCAGUGUGGACCCCUCGCAGACGGAGUACCAGGGGCUGAUCGAGGUCACGGAGGAGGGAAUUCAAAGGCAGAGCUUCCCCUUUGGCAUCGUGGGCAUGGCUAACAAGGCGGACUGCCUGCAGAAGGGGGAGAUGGUGAAGUUCCAGCUGUGCACCGUGGGUACCACGGGACAGAAGAUGGCCUGCAACAUCGUGCCCCAGCGCCGCGCCCUGGUGGAGUGUGUCAAGGACCAGUUUGGGUUCAUCACGUACGAGGUUGGGGAGGGCAAGAAGCUCUUCUUCCACGUGAAGGAGGUGCAGGACGGGCUGGAGCUGCAGGCGGGGGACGAGGUGGAGUUCUCGGUCAUCCUUAACCAGCGCACGGGCAAGUGCAGCGCCUGCAACGUGAGACGAGUCAGCGAGGGACCCAAACCGGUGGCCACCCCGCGGCCCGACCGGCUGGUGAACCGGCUGAAGAGCAUCACGCUGGACGACGCCAGCGCCCCCCGCCUGGUCAUCCUGAGGCAGCCGCGCGGGCCCGACAGCUCCAAGGGUUUUAAUGUGGAACGGAAAAUCCGCCAAGCUGGUGUCAUCGACUGAACCGCCGUCCGUGCCCCCCCCCCACGUGGUUAAUUUGGGGGGGGGGGGGUUGGGAGGGGGGGGUUUGAGAAGUUCAGCCCUGAGAUGUGAUUGACGGGGGGGGGCGGGGGUGGGUACGGGGGAAGCUGCAUUGUCGCUGGAGAUCUGCAUGCGCAGCCCCUCCCCCCUACCUGUUCUUGUCCCCGCCCCUUUAACAGGUCCCUCUUAUUCCAUUGGUCCUCUGCUCUCCAUGUGGGUGUGGUCUCUUGGAUACCAGCCGGGCUGGGCACUGCAGUGUUACGAGGAAGAGGGGGGAGCCUCUCUCCUCCGCCUGCGUGCGUCCGUGAGCGAGUGUGUCUGCGACGGAGAGAGUGAGCGAGUGAGCGGACGAAAGGAGAUGUGGCGAGUAGAGGAAACGGUUUGGAGGGCACUGUGACCUCGCAGAACGAGGAUGAAACUAUGCCGCAGCCUCUGUCUGAGUCCCCAUCUCGUCCGGAACUGGAAAAGGUUGUUUUUUUGGCGAGAGUAUGGAAUUCUGCACCCACAUUAUACGUGUGGUUGUGUGUGUGUGUGUGUGCGUGCGUGUGUGUGUGUUUUGUUUUUGUUUUUUUUCCCUAUUUCUUUAUUUUUUUCUGCAUCCUCUUCACCUCACGCAAGAGAAUGGGGAUUCGUUUAUUUGAUUUAUUGUUUUACUAUUUUUUUCAAAUGUAAUGGGUGUUUUCUAAUAAAUAAAUGAAACAAAUGCUUAGCUGUGGAGAGGAAACGGA